UCUGCCUCCAACUUGACUGUAGGAGAAUAGAACAGUGAGUGAUCCAAAAUGGCAGAAGCCAGUGUUGUAUGGGGCCAAGACCAUUUUAGCUGUCCAAUCUGUCUUGAACUUCUAAAGGAUCCUGUGACUAUACACUGUGGCCACAGUUUCUGUAUGGACUGUAUCGCAGGCUGCUGGGAUCAGGAAGAGCUGAAGGGAGUCUAUAGCUGCCCACAGUGCAGACAGACCUGUACACCCAGACCAGUGCUGGGCAGGAACACAAUGCUGGCUGAAGUGGUGGACAAACUGAAGAUCAUGGGACUCCAGGCUAUUCCUCCUGCUCAGUGUUAUGCUGGACCUGGAGAUGUGGAGUGUGACGUGUGCGUUGGGAGAAAACGAAAGGCAGUCAAGUCCUGUCUGGUGUGUCUGUCCUCUUACUGUGAAACUCACCUCAGAGUUCACAAUGAUCUCAACCCAGGGAAGAAACACAAAGUGGUUGAUGCUGCUGCUAAACUAGAAGAUCUGAUCUGCUCUCGUCAUGAUAAACUACUGGAGGUCUUCUGCCGCACUGAUCAGACAUGCAUAUGUGUGCUGUGCGUCAUGGAUGAACACAGAGGACAUGAUACGGUUUCAGCUGCGGCCGAGCGAGUUGAAAAACAGAAACAGUUGGAGGAGAGCUGCAGAAAAACCCAGCAGACAAUCCAAGAAAGACAUAAGCACCUGCAGCAGAUGAGAGAGGCCAUUAAGUCCCUUAAGCACUCUGCUCAGGCAGCAGUGGAGGACAGUGAAAGGAUCUUUACUGAAAUGAUCUGCUCCAUUGAGAGAAGACACUCUGAGGUGACACAGCUGAUUAGAGAUCAGGAGAAGGCUGAAGUGAGUCGAGCUGAAGAUCUCAUGGAGAAACUGGAGCGGGAGAUUGCUGAGCUGAAGAAGAGAGAUGCUGAGCUGGAGCAGCUUUCACAAACAGAGGAUCAUACAAGCUUUCUCCGGAGUUUUCAGUCUCUGUGUUCCUUAACUGACCCAGAGAAUUCAUCAUCCAACCUCAGUUUCUGUUCAGAUGUGUCAUUUGAAGAAGUGACGGGAAAUGUAUCUCAGUUGAAAGAUAAAGUAGAAGAUGUACUUAAGCAUGGAGUAGAACAGAUUUCAAUGAGAGCAAAAGCCAUACAAAUAUCCUCUACCCAUGAGCUCUUGACCAGACAAGACUUCUUAAAAUACUUGUUUCAACUCAAUCUAGAUCCUAACACAGCACAACUAUAUCUUCAUUUGUCUGAUAGUAAUAAGGAGGUUACUGCUAAAGAGAAGAAGCAGUCAUAUCCUGACAAUCCAGAGAGAUUUGACCAUCAUCAGGUGCUGUGUAAGGAGGCUGUGACUGGAAGAUGCUACUGGGAGGUGGAGUGGAGCCCAGUAUGGGGAGGUUCUGUAGCAGUAUCCUACAAAGAGAUCUGCAGGAAGGGAAUAAAUGAACAGUUUAAGUUUGGGUACAAUAAGCACUCUUGGAGUUUAGACUACCACUCUUUCACUGGAUGCUCUUUCAUACACAAUGGAGAGGUGACUCAACUCAAUGUUACUCCCAGCACAAUGAUUGGAGUGUAUGUGGAUCACAACGCUGGAAUUCUGUCUUUUUACGGCAUCAGUGGUGACAAAAUGACCCUCCUGCACAAAGUCCAGACCACAUUCACUCAACCGCUUUAUCCUGGUUUUUGUAUCAGAUAUUGUGACAGAAAAGUGAAGCUAUGCCAUUAUGAGAGGAUCUUUACUGAAAUGAUCCGCUCCAUUGAGAGAAGACACUCUGAGGUGACACAGCUGAUUAGAGAUCAGGAGAAGGCUGAAGUGAGUCGAGCUGAAGAUCUCAUGGAGAAACUGGAGCGGGAGAUUGCUGAGCUGAAGAAGAGAGAUGCUGAGCUGGAGCAGCUUUCAAUAAAAAUGGCACAGGCAAACGUUUUGUGGACCCAAGACCAGUUUAGCUGUCCGGUCUGUCUUGAACUACUGAAAGAUCCUGUGACUAUUAACUGUGGUCACAGCUUCUGUAGGGACUGUAUUUCAAACUGCUGGGAUCAGGAAGAGCUGAAGGGAGUCUACAGCUGCCCACAGUGCAGACAGACCUUUACACCCAGACCAGUUCUGGGCAGGAACACAAUGCUGGCUGAAGUGGUGGACAAACUGAAGAUCAUGGGACUCCAGGCUAUUCCUCCUGCUCAGUGUUAUGCUGGACCUGGAGAUGUGGAGUGUGACGUCUGCACUGGGAAAAAGUGCAAAGCUGUCAAAUCCUGUUUGGUUUGUCUGGCCUCGUACUGUGGCACUCACCUCAAACUUCACAAUGAUCUCAAUCCAGGAAAUCACAGGGUUAUUAAUGCCAUAAGGAAAAUGCAGGAUAUAAUCUGUUUUCAUCAUGAUAAGUUAUUGGAGGUCUUCUGCCGCACUGAGGAAAAAUGUAUAUGUGUGCUGUGUGCUAUGGAUGAACACAGUGGACAUAACAUGGUGUCAGCAUCAACAGAGCGGGCAGUGAAAGAGAAACAGAUACCAGAGGCACAGAGGAAAUCCCAACAAAUCAUACUGGCAAAAGAGGGGGAGUUCCUGAAGCUGAGAUCAGUCCUGAAGAAUAUCAAGACUUCUGCACAGGCAGCAGUAGACGAUUGUGAGACGACCUUUAGAGAAAUGAUCAGUGCAAUUGAGAGAAGACGCUUUGAAUUAAUAAAACUGAUCAGAGAUCAGGAGAGGGCUGAGGUGAUUCAAGGUGAAGAACUCUUGGAGCAACUGGAUCAGGAGAUUGCAGGGCUGAAGAAGAGAGACGCUGAGCUGGAACAACUUCCACACACAGACAAUCACAUCCAUUUUCUGCAGAGUUUCCUAUCACUACGGGCCAACACCAAUUCUGAGGUUUCGUCCAGACCAACUGUGCUUCUGAAUAUGUCCUUUCAAGAAGUGAAGGACAGUGUCUCUGAAUUAAAGAAAAGAUUUGUGAAUUUACUUCAGAAAGAUUUGGCAUCACUGUCCAAACAUGUUAGAGAUGUAAAGAUUUUCCUACCCAAUGAGCCCAAGACCAGGGAAGAAUUCUUAAAAUAUUCCAGUCACUUCACAAUGGAUUCCAACACAAGUCAUCCAUCACUUAUUCUAGAAAACAACAACAGAGUGGUUUCAAGAAACCUGUCACUACAGACAUAUCCAGACCAUGCUGAGAGAUUUAACAGCUGGCAACAAGUGCUGUGCAAAGAAACUGUUAGUGAACGUAGCUACUGGGAGGUUGAGUGGUCAGGACAAAGUGUAAAUAUUGCUGUUUCUUACAAAGACAUUGACAGGAAAGGAUGGGGUGACGAGACCUUAUUUGGAUGCAAUGACCAGUCUUGGUGUUUAAGCUGCUCGGCCUCUAAUUACUUCUUCAGAUACAAUGGUGAGGAAACUAUACUGCCAUCAACUCCCGGUUCCUCCAGGAUAGGGGUGUUUUUGGAUUACAAAGCGGGGGUUCUGUCCUUCUACGGUGUCUCUGACAUAAUGACCCUUUUGCACACAGUUCAGGCUACAUUUUCUAAGCCCAUCUACCCUGGCUUUUGGCUGGACACUGAAUCAAAAGUGACAUUUUGCAAAUAAAUGUCUUUACAUGGAGGUUGGUGUUCCUUUGACUGAGCUAAUGAUCAGCCCAAUUUGCACAAUGCCAGACUGGUGAGUUGCAUGGAGAGAGCAUAUCGCACCCAUUCCGGAUCAUCUUCUGAUACUAGUGGACCACUUGUCAUAGACCACAAGUAUUGUUAAGUCUGAGUGUAUUAUUUUGUUUGUUUUUUGAUAUAAUGAUAAAAUAAGUGAUAGGUGGAUUUAAUAUUUUGAUGAUUUGAUUGUAACAUUGAUGUGAAUGCAUGAGUGAUUUUAGAAUUUCUCAGGGGUAUUGUUUGUUGUUUGUUAUGUUGAGAACCUAUGUAACCAGCGUGCAAUUCUGUGGUAAUAAAUGUAAUGAUUUGAACUCGUA